AUGUCACGAGGUACAUUAAAGCAACAGUUGAAAAGUCACAAGUCGAAAGUGAAAAACGACGAACCAACGAAUACCAACAAAGCCAAAAAAAUAUCAUCUACUAAACCAAAAGCACAAUCAAAAAUACAAGAAGAUGAAGAAACUCCAAUAAUACCCAAACCAAUUUUAAAAAGUCCUAAACUGUCUUCUAUAAAAGCUAAAGAUAACGAAUAUAAAAGUGAAGCAUUGUCCAAAAAGGAACAACGAAAAUUGAAAAAAUUGUCUGAACAAUUAGCUGAAGAAGAAGCAAAUGCUUUGAACCCUGAAGAUGCUAGAGAGCAUGAGGUGGAAGAGGAAGAAAUUGAAGAGGAAUCUAGUGAAGAUGAGGAUGAUGAUGUUGAAGGCAUAGCCGAUUUGGACUUGGAAAGAUUAGCACAAAGUGAAAGUGAAAGUGAAAGCGAUUCCGAUGAUGAUGAUGUAGAUGAAGAAGAAGAUGAAGAUGAAGAUGAGGAUGAUCAAGACGAUGAAAAAGAUGUCGAUCAAUUAGAAGAAGAGGAAGAAGAUGUUCCAUUGUCAGAUGUUGAGUACGACUCUGAUGCUGAUGUCGUACCACACACUAAACUUACGGUCAAUAAUACAGCCGCAUUAAGAGAAUCAUUAGCUCGUAUACAGUUACCAUGGGAGAAACAUUCAUUUGUUGAACAUCAAUCUAUUACAAGUCCGGAAAAAGCAGAGUCCACAAUUAAAGACAUCUACGACGACACCGAAAGGGAAUUAUCAUUUUAUAAACAAGGUUUAGAUGCUGUAAAACAAGCACGAUCAAUUUUGUUAAAAUUAAAAGUACCUUUCUCACGUCCAGUAGAUUAUUUUGCUGAAAUGGUUAAAAGUGAUGAACAUAUGGACAAAUUAAAAACCAAAUUGUUAGGUGAAGCUGCUGAUAAGAAAGCUUCAGAAGAUGCCAAAAAACAAAGACAAUUGAAAAAAUUCGGUAAACAAGUUCAACAUGAAACUUUACAACAAAGAGCCAAACAAAAGAAAGAAACUUUGGAAAAAAUAAUGAGUUUGAAAAAGAAGAGAGGAGCAAAUGAGAUAAGUAAUGAUGAUGACUUUCAAAUUGCAUUGGAAGAAGCUACAAAAGAAAAUAAUAAUGUAGGAGGAGAUAAUAAGAGAAGAAAAGUCAAUGGUAAAAGAUUGGCCAAGAAUGCAAAAUAUGGUUCUGGAGGUAUGAAACGAGGAUCCAGGAAAAAUGAUGCAGCUUCAUCUGCUGACAUUUCUGGAUUUUCAACUAGAAAAAUGAAAGGAAAGUCCUCAAGGCCGGGUAAAAGUAAACGUGGAAGAAGAUAA